CUCGGCGCACUGCGCUGACUCUGCAGAAGAAAAUCAUCGGGGGAGUGUAGGAAGGCGUUUUUUUUUUAAACGUUUUUUCUCAAGGUAGGACAAGCGGUUACAACCCAGCUUCUGGUUGUCAGCAAUCUCGACUGUCUCCUUGACUUCUUCAGUUUACGGUUUGGGAAAAGAAGAGGGGACCGAGUGUCGUGGUCACGCGUUCCUCUCCGUGAAACCGACGCGUUUCCAAACGUCUUGACGCGCGGUUUUUUCUCAGUGAGGCAGCCCGGACACAGAGGUUUCUCGGGAUAAAAAGAGUGACUGUCCCCCCCCCCACCCCCGUGUUGUACCUAAAACUGUCAUAAACGGCGAUGAUAAGUUUGUGAAAGGAACACCGACCGCGAAUCUCAGACAGCGCGCAGUAUUGAAGAGGAGAAAGUUCCCCACUUGAGGGCGAAAUCAGACUUUUUUGAGGACGCCAAGUUUGAAAAGUGCCAGGAGCCCCGGGGUCUGUCAGAUACAACAUGCAGCAAUGUCCAAGGAGGCAGAGUUGGAUGUGAGAGGCAGUGAGUGCGACACAGUCCCACAAGAGCCCAGCACAGACCCGGAGCCGCCCAGGCCACCUCCAGCUAAGGCUAACGGACCCACCGGCACCGCUGGCGUUUGCACGAGCAUCCCCUCCAGUAGCCACAGUAGCAGCAGCACCAGCAGCAGCAGCAAAAGUGGUCUGGGUGGCAUUAGCAUCGUUAGCAGCAGCGCUGAGGGAGCAGGCGAAAGCUCCAUGCAGUUCAGCACCAGACCGCCUAGUGCUGAGCAGCCGGGCUUCAUGGGGACAUGGCAGCAGCAGAGCACUGACAGCAACCUUCUCUACAGAAUGUCCCAGCAGGGUGCUGUAACGCGGCUUCCUUUGAAGUGCGACAGGUCGACUAUGGGCCGAGACCUGGAAGAGGCCAUUCGCUGCACACUGGUGAACUGCACAUGUGAGUGUUUCCAGCCAGGGAAGAUUCACCUACGAACAUGUGACCAGUGCAAACACGGCUGGGUAGCUCACGCUCUGGACAAGCUCAGCACCCAGCACCUGUACCACCCGACCCAGGUGGAGAUUGUUCAGUCCAAUGUGGUGUUUGACAUCAGCAGUCUGAUGCUUUACGGCACUCAGGCCGUACCGGUCAGGCUCAAGAUCCUUCUCGACCGCCUCUUCUCUGUGCUGAAGCAGGAAGAGGUGCUGCACAUCCUGCACGGCCUGGGCUGGACCCUCCGAGACUACGUCAGGGGCUACAUACUGCAGGAUGCUGCAGGCAAGGUGCUGGACCGCUGGACCAUCAUGUCCCGAGAAGAGGAGAUCAUCACCCUGCAGCAGUUCCUGCGCUUUGGUGAGACUAAGUCCAUUGUAGAGCUGAUGGCCAUUCAGGAGAAGGAAGGUCAGGCAGUUACAGUUCCCUCCUCCAAGACAGACUCCGGGAUUAGGACAUUCAUUGAAAGCAACAACCGAACCCGCAGCCCCGGGCUUCUGACACACCUGGAAAACAGUAGCCCAUCAAGCAUUCACCAUUUCGAGAAUAUCCCCAACAGCUUAGCUUUCCUCCUGCCCUUCCAGUACAUCAACCCAGUCUCUGCCCCCAUGCUCGGAUUGCCCCCCAAUGGCCUGCCUAUGGAGCAGUCUGCUCUCCGGCUCCGGGAGCCCACACUGCCAAACCAAGGUGAACAGGUGGAGACCAGUGAGUCAGAAGUGUCCCUGUCACCGUUCCGUACAGGCCAGAGCCCUAGCCGUGGAGCCCUGGGAGCCAUGAACAACAACAUUGAACCCAAGACAGAGCCCAACAACAGAGCAUCACCCAUCUCACCAACCCCCUCUACCCAGCAGGCUCAACAACAGCAGCAACAGCAGUCACAGCUCCAGCAGCAACAGCAACAGGGCCAACAGCAGUCCCAGAAUCAGCCUCAGCAAACCAACAGCUUGAGUGACCACCAGGUCCACCACCACUUUGUAAAAGACGAGCAUGCUAAAACCAUCACCCAUGCUUCCUUUUCCUCCAAAAUGCACCGCAUGCGCCGCAUGGGAUCGACCUCACGCAAGGGUCGUGUGUGCUGCAACUCUUGUGGCAAAACCUUUUAUGACAAAGGCACACUUAAGAUACAUUAUAAUGCUGUACACCUGAAGAUUAAACACCGUUGCACCAUUGAGGGCUGCAAUAUGGUCUUCAGCUCACUACGCAGCCGCAACCGCCACAGUGCCAAUCCCAAUCCACGGUUGCACAUGCCCAUGCUGCGCAAUAACCGCGACAAGGACCUCAUUCGUGCCAAUUCAACCCCUGGUACACCUGUCAUCUCAAGCACCAAGAAUGGUGGCUUCACACUCACCAGCCCUGGAAGGCCACCACUGGGCUUCACUACUCCACCAGUAGACCCUAUACUUCAGUCACCCCUGCAAAGCCCACUGGUGUUCCCCACCCUGAAGUCAGUGCAGCCAGUCCAGCCAGUGCCCCCAUUCUACCGUACACUACUGUCCCCUGCUGACCUUGUCAGUCCUCCAGUGUCACUGCCCACCAGCCCCAUCCUGCCCACCACCACCAACAGUACCACCCUGAUGGACCAACAACAGCAGAUCCUGGCUGCUGCAGCGGCAGCUUCACACAACAAUGUUCAUAUGUCAGAGGCCGGACCCAUGUCCCACCGCUUACAUACACAUAAUGCCAAUCACGACCACACCACUGGCAUCAUAGACCCCACGCCCAAAAAGAAGCCUCGUAAAUCUAGCAUGCCAGUGAAGAUUGAGAAGGAAGUAAUUGAUGUAGCAGAUGAAUAUGAUGACAAAGAUGAUGAUGACGAUGACCUCCACCAUAAUCACCACCAUCACCAGUCAUCCCUUCUUCACAACAAUGUCAAAAUGAAUGGUAACUGUAACAGCAACAACAAUAGCGGAAAUGGUAAUGGGAAUCACAGUGGUGGAAGUGGGCAGCAAUCCCCUUCCCAGGAUGAGAUGAGCCCUGGCUUAGCUCUAAGAGGCAUGAUGAGACAUAGUGAAGAUGAAUGCCGGGAAGGGACUGGUAGUGACAGCAGGGGUGGAAAUGAUCUUCAGGGCUCUGGUGAGCUACGUUGUAUGGACAGCUUCACCUCUGAGGACCAGGACCAUGAGAGAGACUUUGAGAAUGAGUCUGAAACCUCUGAUUCCAAGAUGUUCUACCGUGAUGAGCUGAUAGAUGUGGAGGAACAGCAAAAACACAUCAGGGGCGGAAGGGGUCUGGACAAGGAACAGGACGAUGAGGGUGGUGAGGAAGCCCAUUUGAGAAAGGAAAUGGAAGGCAAGGGUCAUUCCUCACCCUCACCUCAUCUGCCCCCUAUCAAGAUCAAGGAGGAACUCAACGAUCCUACUUAUGACAUGUUCUGCAUGGGCCAGUAUGGCCUCUAUAAUGGAGGCAUGGCCGCGGCUGCUGCCGCUGCUGCAAGCAUGGCUGCUCUGCACGAGAGUUUCAUCUCUUCGAUGAGCUAUGGAGCCAGCCCACCCAAAUUCCCUUCUUCUCAAUCACCAGAGGGAGACCCGUGCUCAAGUCCUGACCCCAAGAUCUGCUAUGUGUGUAAGAAGAGCUUCAAGAGCUCCUAUAGCAUGAAACUGCACUACAAGAAUGUGCACCUCAAAGAGAUGCAUGUGUGCACUGUGGCUGGCUGCAACGCUGCCUUCCCUUCCCGGAGGAGCCGAGACAGGCACAGCUCCAACAUCAACCUGCACCGCAAACUGCUGACCAAAGAGCUGGACGACAUUGUCCUGGACCCCCAACUCACGCCACUGCCCAAGGACCUGCGAGCCGAGUUACUGGCCAAGAUCUACGCCGGGCACCACAUGGGCUUGGACCCUAUGGCCGGGAUGGGCAUCGGAGGCGCCAGCCUCGGGCCCACUGGCCUGAACCACAAUGUCCGUUCCCCCAUGAGCAUCGAGUAUCCCCACCACCCUCUCAACCAAAACCUUAAAAACCACCACACCAACGGCUUCUCCCGGGGCCAGCCAGAUGAGUACAUGGUGUUGGACCUGAGCACGACAUCUAGUGUUCAAUCCAGCAGCAGUGUCCACUCCUCACAUGAGUCAGACGAGGGCAGCGAUGAAGGCAUCCUACUGGAUGACCUGGAGGAGGAGGGAGAAGAGGAUGAGGAGGAGGGCAACAGUGAGGGGGAGGACUGCUCCCGGCGUGCUGAGGGGCGGGCUGAAGGGGGGCAUCGGGAUGAGACUGGAGAACUAAGAGGAGAAGGACAUGGUGAGAGGUUGGAACCUUCCUCCUCACCAUUCCUCCUUUCGUCCACCGGGGGCAGUAAUUGUGGCAGCAGUGGGAUCCUCUGCAACAUCUGCCACAAAAUGUACAGCAACAAAGGGACCCUGCGUGUGCACUACAAGACUGUGCACCUGCGCGAGAUGCACAAGUGCAAAAUCCCCGGUUGCAACAUGGUGUUCAGCUCUGUGCGCAGCCGUAACCGACACUCUCAGAACCCCAACCUCCAUAAAAACAUGCCCUUCUCUACAAUAAUAGACUAAAUAAUGACUUGCUACUCUACCCUGCUGUCAGUCUGCCCGCUCCUCCCUUCAUUCCUCAUCCUUAUUCCUCCUCAAAUUAGCUUUUAACCCCAGCCCAGGGCCAUCAAAUACAAGCUAAAUGCCUGUAUGCCUCCUGCCCGUCCUCUGUAAGUCAUUGUAAGACAUUUCUAUGUCCCUCUAUAAAAUUCAUUGACUCUAAAUACAGUUUAUUAUUGUGACCUUUGACUUUUCCUUCUUUGGAAGAACAGGAUGACGCUCUUGAGCAUGGAGUUUACUUUAUAACAAAACUCCAGUUGUUUUUUUUCAUAAGCCCCUCCAUCUUUCCUUUCAAACAUCAUCCCCACUUUGUUUUUAUGUCCGUCUCCAAAGAAUCUAUUCAAACUCUUAUUUGUGACUUUGCCUGCAGAAAUGAUAAUAUUGAAAAAAAAAGAAAAUCUUCUUGUUGUAUUUGUGUAAUUAUAGCUUUUAAAUGAACCCCUUACAAAAGCAUGACAGCUUCAUUUGUAAAUAAUGUCCCAAGAGGCUUUUGAUGUACAAGAGUUGUGUUGAUGGUUGUUUGCUUCUUUUUUCUCUCUCUUUAUGGUUUUAUGUUACAGUCCAGUACAAUACUUCCAGCUAUAGGCAAGACAGAGGUAGCAUCUUACUAGCUUGACUCACUUAUGUUAGCUUCAAAGACACAUUUUAAACUGAGUCCUAGGAAAAAAAGAAUAUCAUGUGGCUUGUUUUAUCUACUUGUUAGAUAUUCAGAGGUUGCCGGCAUGCUUUUUUAGGCUCCUACACUGAUAUCAUUCUCUGUAUUUCUAUUGAUUUUUUUUUUGUCUGUUAUGUUUAUGAGCUUUAGUAUACCAAUUCAGUUUUUGCACUUUGCAUCUAUACAAGGGGAUGUGUAAUAUUAUUAUGAGGACUUUUGCAAUGGUAAGUUUAGGUGUUGUUUGGGGUCAUUGAUGGCUACAGUGCCAAGGGAAAUGACAGUACCUUCAAAAUACUUGUGCCAGUUUCUUUUUGCACGUGCUCAUUUUCACAGUUUGACAACAGAAAACAUCUUGAACAAAACCUGAGAUCUUCCCCCAUUGCUAAACAACGUAUCCAGAGAGUGUCUUGCUUCAAAACAAAUCCAGGUGUGACUGAAUAUACACUGCUCUUUCACAAAGACAGAGGAGUUAAAUAUCAAGUCUCUCUCUCUCUCUCCUCUUUGUGUAAGGAGUAAUUUGUGUAUGGUUGCCAAUUAUGAUCACAAUACUAACUUCAGAGUUAUGGAAGGGGGUAAUCUGUGUAAAACUCACAUUGGCUCACAAAAGGCGUCUUAAUGAAACAUGAUUGUCCCAUAGAUUUGAAAAACAAUGAGAAAAGAGAUGAAAAUAGUCCUUUAACUGUGACCAAAACAAAAGUGUUUGCUUAAGCAAAACUCUUUCAGUGUGACAUUGUACUUAAAUCGUGCCCCAUUGGAUUAAUAUGAUGCACUUCAGUCUUAAAUCUUUUGCUGUGAUAUUUUCGGUAUCGGUUUCCAUUGCUGAGUGUCGGCUACAAAUGUACUCUAUGAAAAGUGUUGCCAUUUUGCUGGCUGUAGGUUGCAGCCUUUUUUAAUAUGUCCAUGACUGUCUCACGGUACAAAUAUUUCCAGUAACUGGGCAAAAGUAGCCAAGGGAAGGGGUAUUUAUUGGUGGGUGAUGUAUCUUCAUGGAGAUGUUUUUGUCCAGUAUAAGAAUAUUUUUUGUAAAAAGACAAAAAAUAGAGAUUGUUCCUCAGUUUGACUUCUGUAUCAAUGUAUUAGCAAUGCCAUGUGUUACUAUACAAGGAGAUCUUCUCUUACUCGACUGGUGCUACACACAGAGGGAAAAAUAUGCAGUGUUAUGUGGUGUGCUGUACAGUAUUCACAAUACCCUACAUCCAUAACAGUGUUGAGUUCCAUUUGUUUCAUACUUAAGCCAUUUUGCAAUAUAGACAUGACCUAUUCUAGUGAAAUAUUUCAUGUCCUCUUUUUUUAAGACUCCACCUAUAUGACACAUGCAGUUUUCAGUCCUCUCUUCUCGGAGAUAAAGAGAGUGAGACAGAGAGCUGAGGCUGAUGGAAAGGUUGCGGAGGUGGAAGGCUGACUAGGGAGGAAAGGAUGACAGCAACGAUCAUUAAAAAUGUGCUGCUUCUCCGUUACCUGGAGGCGUCCCUGCCAUUCCAGCUUCUUCUGUCUAAUAACUCACUUGUCACUUCGUUACACUGCCAGACGCCAAGGUUGCUGACAAGACUGUGACACUGACAGAAAGAGAAAAAGAAGGAAAGAGAUUGUGUGCUCUGAACAAUUCAAUUUGACUGACUCAAUUUAGCUGAAUUCAAUUCAUCUAUUCAUUUUCUGUGUGCCUAUUUUUAUUCAGGGUCACUAAUAAUUCAAUUCAAUUCCUUUCUCUCAUUCUGUUUUUCUCUUUGUCUGUCAGAGCACAGUCAUUUAACAACCGCCUUACCCAUUUCUUCAACCCGCCACUCACUUACCACCUCCACACCCCACAGCGCAGGUCCUACAGGGACACACACUAAUAGUGUAUGCUUAAGUUCACCGGACGGCCAUGGCAUAGGAAAAAGGGAUGGGUAAUUGCCUGUUUAUCCCAAGUGAAGGGAAAAUUGAGUACAGGAACCCCUGCCUUCUCCCAGGAGUGGGUUUCACUGAGGCGCUUGCUGCCUCAUUCACUCAUUCAAUCCCCCCGGCCCUCACUCUGGCAGAAAUAAAAAAAAGUGCUACUCCAGGAACCCUGCUGACAGCUGUCUCUCUAACACACAACCAUACAAACGCACACACAUGCACACAGAGGAGAGUGGCGCACACUCACAUAUGCUUCCUACUUACAGGCCAGAAGGAUGACAAGAACUAGAUGACUUGUUAACCUCUCGUGAUGGAGGAGACAGGGGCAGAGAAAAAUAGAGAGUAUUCUCACCACAGGAAAUGAAACUCUCCAUCUACCAUUAACAUUAUAGCUGCUGCCACGACACAGAAAGCUAACAUUCCAUUAUGGAGAUUGGUGUGAGCUAGUAUUGAGUCAGACAUGAAAAGUCCAACGCUAUUAAUAUUAUUAUUUAAUUUAAACAUCCUAACAUAUCUAACAGCUAAUGAUUUGGACAUUUUACCUAUAAAGGAUAGUGGCUAAUUAAAUAAAUCUAUCAAAAAGGCCAGCAACCUCACAGAUUGACUCGACCUCUGUAGAAUUAAGAGAGCUGUGCCCAACAUAUCAAAUUAAUAUAAAUGUGCUCUGACCAAUAACCUCAGCUUCGAUGCCCUUCUUGAUUUGAGAAAACCAAGUUUUCAGAGUUGUUUUUUUUAGACACAAACACAUUCUUUAUUGUCCUGUUCCUUGCUGUUCAUUUCUCAAGCAGCAGCUGCAGUGCAUGACCUCUCUAGAAGUGUACUGAAUAUGACAGAAGAGAUGCUCUUGCAACACCCUUCUCUUACGGGCUCGGAGUCCUGCACGGUACUGGUCAUGCCAGCAGGGCUAAGAGCUGAAAAAACAUGCAAACGACUGUCCAGCAUAGCCAGGCAGACAGACGGCAAGAGAGAGAGAGAAGGAAGAGAUGGUGGAGAGGGAUUGGGCUUAGAAAGUUGUCUGGCUGGAGCCUUGCGGCAGUCACUUAACAAGGCAGGGGAGAAAGCGAGGAACACAGGGAGAGGAGAGAGCAAGAGAGCAGCAGGGCCAGGACUUCCCAGGACUCAUUGCCAACUUCUUUUUGAUUGCCUGCUGGAGAGCGAUCGAGCCACCCCUUACAUUUCCACCCCUCUCCCGUGCACUUUCCUCUCCUCUGAGAAAUGACCACCAAUUUCCCCCUCUCCUCUAAAAAAAACCCCGGAAUCCAAUCUUUGUCUUUUUUACUUCUCCAACCACACAGGCCCAGGUACCACCUGCUACCUAGUGACUGGGCCGUGGAUCCGCAGGAACACGUCACUUAGAGCAGCCUCUUUGGCCCAGACCACUGAGGUGAAUCUUUAAUAUUUGAUUAGACAAGUGUCAAGCAUCAAUUAUUCUGUAAUUCUACAUAGCACGCAGAGGGUGAAUGGGAUGGCAAACGGUUGAAGCGCCUGACCUGUUAACCACUGUCCAUUUUGUUCUCGUCACAGAGUGAGUGAGUACAAUAGGUGUAAGUAGAGAGGUGACACCGCAUGCAAACUGUCCAGUUAAUGUAGCUUGUGGAACAAAGUGGGAUUAAACGAUGGGACAUCGAAAGAAGUAUGCAGAUAGAAGAAAAAUACACACAUAUGUGGGUUUGUAUAGAUGCUUCAGUCUCAUGUGUUAUGUUCUAAAAAAAAAAACACUCAUUAAUCUGAACUGGAACCUGUGAAAUGUCAAUGAUCCUGAUAAAAAAAAAAAAUACUGUAUAUUCAUAUAAUGUUUUCCAUUGUGCCAAUUAUAUUUUACAGUCUUAAAAUAUAAAUAAGCUUGAAGACCUGGUGAAUUUAGAUUUUUAUUUUCACUUGUGUUUUUGUGUAUCCAAUGCAUUUGUGUCUGUGUCUUUAAAAGCCUGUGUUAUGGCACUGGCACUCAACAGCGUUGCAUGGCUACAUAGUCGCACUGCAAAGAACAACACUUUGGUGUCAAAAUGGUGAUUUUGAAGCCUCAUGAAUACUGUAUGUUACCUAAACAGGUGUUUCCCAUUUGCAGACAGGAGGAAAAAAAAAGGUCCUCUUUUUAAAAGACUCUUGUUUCUUUUUUUUCUUUCUUUUUUGCCUUUCUUGUAUUGUUUCUGUAUCAUAACUCUCUAUGGUUUUUGCAUAAAAUGCAUAAGGGUUUUGGGAUGUAAAUGGAAUUUUAUUCAUAUUUUGUCCAAAUACCUCUUGUAAUUUGUAUCAGAAUUCUUGUACAAUUUUUAUAUUAAAGAUUUAUCAGUCA